CGAGGGGAGUUUGUCACUGGCGCGUUUGCCUUCGAAGAAUAAAUAGUGAAAACACUUCACCUCGACCCGACAUUGGGCCAACAAACCUCAGAGGAACCUCGUCAUGACUGCCGCAAAGAAGGCUAGCUCGAGAAAAUCGUCGUCGUCGGUGGCAAAGGCGGCCGGCGGUGAAGGCCGGGGCGCCGAGUCGGCACCACCGGCAGUAGCGUCGGACAGCACUUUCCCCGACGAGCUCGAAGCCCUUCUGCAAGCCUUCGUCCGCAGCUCAACCCUUCCCCAAAAACAGCACUCCCGUCUCCUCGCAGUGCUCAAAAGCUUUUCCACCUACUUCCUCGCCACUUACCCUCAAGAUAGAUGGAUUUCGCUCCUCGCUGCUCUCCGACAACCGACCCGCUACGCAUGUCUGGUCAACAGGCACGCAGACCCGCUGGACGUGGUCAAAGCCCUUCAACAGCAGUCUCACCAGCAACGGCAGCAGAACAAAAAGGCUGAGGCUAGUGAGAAUACAUAUACAGAGGACUCGCCCGCCGUGCAAUCGCAGCUUGAAUAUACCCCUGUGCCAUGGCUGCGUUCUUGCCGCCUGUUUGUCCUCCCGGAAGCCAAACCGGAGCCGGGAGUGCGUACGCCUAGUGUUGUGAGGCCAUUCCCGCCUCCUGGGAGGGACAUUCGCAACACUGCGACGCAUUACCUGCUUGAUUUGGCGUCGGCGUUACCUGUCGAAGCACUUGACAUCCGGCCGGGGGACAAAGUGCUGGACAUCUGCGCUGCCCCGGGUGGCAAAUCCUUAUGCAUAUUGCAAAGCCUUUCAGGCCCCAAAGCAGGCGACGACGGCAAACCCCUAAAACGCGGCGUACUCCACGCCAACGAAAUCUCCAACGAGCGGCGAAAACGUCUCCGUAACGUCCUGCAGAGUUACGUCCCGGACGGAUUCGCGGAAGCCACCAAAGACGCCAACGGGGCCGCUUUUAUCCAACUCACCGGCGUCGACGGCACAUCCGGCAGCUCCGACGGCGCCUUCGAAGCCGGGUCAUAUGAUAAAGUCCUGCUGGACGCGCCAUGCAGCGGGGAGCGGCAUUUACUGCACGACGAGGAGGAGAUGUUAUCGUGGACGCCGGCGCGGACGAAGGCGAAUUCGAAACGACAGAUGGCGUUAUUGAGGGAGGCGGUGCGGUGUGUGAAGAUGGGCGGAAUGGUGGUUUACGCGACGUGCUCGUUGAGCCAGGAGGAGAAUGACGGCGUAGUGGCGAAGGUUUUGGCCAAGUUGGAGAAGGAGCGGGGCAAGGCUUCCGGGAAGGCGGUGGAUACUGAAGAUGAUUUUGACGAUGACGCUUUUGUGAUGGAGGUGGUGAAGCGGAAGAAGAGCAAGGCGUGGCCCGUGGGUGAGAAGACGAAGCAUGGGUGGAUGAUCUUGCCGGAUAGAGAUGGAGGGUGGGGUCCGAUCUACUUCUCGGUUCUGAAGAAGUCGCCAAUGGAUCAACUUGCCAUUUAAGAGGUCGUUCAAGCUGUAGGAUAGUUCAAUCAACAUAGCUGA